AUGCUACAGCCCAGGGAUCGUGGGGCACCGUACUCGAAGACGCGGUUCUACGAACUCGUGAAAAUCUACCACCCAGACCGACCGUGCAACGACCACCCGCUGUGCAGAGACCUCUCGCCCGAGGUGCGACUCCAGCGGUACCACGUUAUAGUCGCCGCGCAUGAGAUCCUCUCCGAUCCGACGAAGCGAGCGGCGUACGAUCUCUCCGGCGCAGGAUGGAGCCACCACGCUCCUGCACAUCCGACGCCGUCCUGGGCGCGAAGCGGCUCGAGCGACUACGGCCCGAUCCAUACGAAUGCCACCUGGGAAGACUGGGAACGAUGGCGUAAUCGGCAUCAGGGCAAGCAGCAACACAUGGUGGACAACCGCACCUUUACGACGUUUGUCAUUCUCCUCAUGCUCAUGGGCGGCGCGGUCCAGGCGUCGUGGAUUGGCCAGCUCACCACCGGCUACGAAGACCGACUGCGGGAGAUCAACGAGCAGUCGGCUCGCUUUUUGACUGGACGGCGUGAAAACACCGUCAAGCAGAUGGCGUCGUCGGAGGCCAAGGUGCAGCACUUUCUGAUCCGGAGAGACCCUUCUGGGUUUGGACUGAAGGAGGAGGAGCAGCCGGUCUAUGAGAAGAUUCUUCAUUCGCCCAAAUCUGGAGCGAAGGAGACUGAAGCUGCGAAGGGUUCGGACGGUGCAUCCGGUCACGUCGAGUCCGUAGAUAAAAGUGGUUGA